GUAUUUGUUUUCACCUUUUUUUUCUAUUGAUCUUAUUUUCACAGUCCAUUAUGUGCUGUAACUUUUUUUUUCUGAGUAUGAUUUUCUUUUACAGUGUAGGUCCUAAACUUGAAGCCAUAAUUUGCUGCAGUUCCUCGCUGUGAACACCAGGGGGCAGCAAACACUCAUCACUCAAUUUACAGUGACAAACUUUCUUUUCUUUUUUACAUUACAUGCUUGAAGAUGUUUGUUUUAUAUAAAAAGGGAUUACAUGAAUACACACAGUCCACAUAUACUCAACAUCUAUAUUAAAAACUCACGUCCGAGGCGAAGCAGCCAAUCGGAAGCCACCUGUCACACGGUGGAGACCUCAGCAGUAGAAGAGAAGCUGCUCAGCAGCAGCAGCAGCAGACGUCUGGUCUUCAGGAAGCUAAACACAUGCAGCUGGUCGGAUCUUAGCCAUGAUGCACUGUCAGAAAAUUAAACAUAAAUCACUCAGUCAUCUCUUAAAAUCAUGGUUUGAUAACUUUUAUCUUCUCUGUCCUUCACUGUAUCUGCUGUUCACCUGAUGUCAUUCUGAUUCUCUAAUAUCAUAAAGUGUUUCCAGUUUAUUUACAGAACAUUUAGCUCACACAACAUGAAAAAUAUGAAUAUAAUAAGAAUAUACAUUUACACUAAUCAUUGCACACGCUGCAGUUCACAGUGGCAGACAGCAGGUGGCAGACAACGGUGAGUGUCGACGGUUGGAAAGAUGAUUCUUUAAUAAAGUUUAAAUGAAAUGAAAUGAAAAAAAUGGUAAGAGUUUGUAAACAGGACUGAUUAUUGACUGAUGAAGUGUUUUCAUAAUAUAAUAAAACGGAGAUAUAGGACUAUUAUGAGAGUAUAAUGUAGUUUGUUUAGUGUGUGUGUGUGUGUCCCUCUCAUUGUUGUGAAACAGAUAGAGUUACAUCCGGAUUAAAAACGCUCUAUUGGUCAUUUCGUUAAUUCGAUCCAGAUGUUCCCUCCAGCUGUCACUCAACGCUCCUCUGACCAAUCAGAGCGCGCCUCAGCUCCUCCCUCUCUCUCCUCCUCCUCCGCUCCUCUCUCAGUCCGCUCCGCUGCUCUCCUCUCUCUCCUUCCUCCUCCUCCUCCUCCUCCUCCUCCUCCUCUCUCUCCUUCCUCCUCCUGACCGAGCAGAGCUGCCUCCUCAGCCCGGCACUGUGCACCAUGCAGCCGGGGGACGUGUUGGCCGUGUGUCUGCUGUGCUGGAGCUGCGGUGUGCGUGUGGCCGCGGCCGUGCACAGGACGGACUUGUUCCCUUACGGCACUUUGAGCGGAGACUCGGUCCUGGCCGAGGGCGACGAUGAGACGUCCCGAGUGCUGAGCCUGCCCAGACCCUUCUACUUCUACAGCUCGCUCUUCGCGCAGCUCUAUGUGGCCACCAACGGGAUCAUAUCAGCGCAGGACCUGCCCAUGGAAAAGCAGUACGUCGACGACGGCUUCCCCACAGAUUUCCCCGUGGUGGCGCCGUUCCUGGCCGACAUCGACACCAGUGGCGGGCGAGGACAGAUUUACUACCGGGUGACGGAAACGCCCAGCGUACUCAACAGAGUGGCCCAGGAAGUGCACCGAGGUUUCCCAGAUGCCAAAUUCACCCCCACGUACGCUGUGGUUGCAACAUGGGAGAACGUGGCGGCGUACGAGGAGCAAAGUCGAACCUCCGGCCCUUCGAACAAGGUCAACACGUUCCAGGCAGUGAUUGGUUACGAUGAGACCGACUCGUACGUUCUCUUCCUCUACCCUGAAGGUGGCCUGAACUUCUUCGGGACACGACCCAAGGAGUCGUACAAUGUGGAGAUAGAGCUUCCUGCGAGAGUCGGGUUCAGCAGAGGAGAAAUUACAUAUUUAAUCUUUUCCCGAACCGAGGGACCUCACUUCAGUGUUACAGGCGAUCAGGAGACUGUUAAAAACCUUAACCAGGUUGGUAACACAGGAAUACCAGGUAUUUGGCUUUUCCACACCGGGAACCGUUACUCUUUUGACAACAUUGUUCCUGCGUCCAUCGGUGGACUCCUGGCUACCUCGCCAACCGGACGCCUCCCGCUGGACACCACCACCCCGGAGUACGGCGAGUUUGAGGACUACCCAGACAACACAUUUGAGCCUGAUAACCAACCGGAGGAGGACGAUUACCCUCUGACAGGCGGGGACCCUGAAUUCCAGCCAGCCCCUGCUGGAGGUGACCACGCAGAGGCUCCUCGACCAGCAGGUCCUGACGCUCCCUUCCACCCGGAAGAACCUGGACGCUCUGAGUCGUACGGUAACGAAGAUGUGCCGUUGACCUCUGAACCCAGGUAUGGCGUGGAGCCAGCAGCGAGGCAGUAUGCCCCCCCCCAUUCUCCAGAGGCCAGAGAGGAGGGAGGUGCCAAGCAGAAUCAGCAACAGCAGCCACAGGCUCCCCUGGAGGUGGUGGACGUGUACCCCCCGCCCCAGACCCGUCUGUCCCCUGGGGGUCAUGUGGUGAGCGUGGAGGACGAAGAUGUUGAUUUUGACACCGGAGUGAUUCAGUAUACGACGGAGAACAAAGAAACCUGUGCCAGAUUCCAGCAGCAAUGCUCCCAGAAUUCAUUUUGCUCCGACUACGCCACGGGUUAUUGCUGUCACUGCCGACCUGGUUUCUAUGGAAACGGACGCCACUGUCUCCCCGAGGGCGCUCCCCAGCGUGUCAGUGGUAAAGUGAGCGGCACCGUGACCGUGGGUUCGACUCCGGUGUCUCUGAACAACAUCGACCUCCACGCCUACAUCGUUGUGGGCGACGGGAGAGCGUACACGGCCAUCAGUGAGGUCCCCGAGCCGGUGGGCUGGGCCUUGAUGCCCGUCGCUCCAAUCGGAGAACUGUUCGGUUGGCUGUUCGCUCUGGAGCUGCCCAACAGCCAAGCAGGGUUCAAAACCACAGGUGCUGAGUUCACUCGUCGCGCAGAGAUAACCUUUUACCCUGGCAACGAACGUCUGUCAAUCAGUCAGACGGCCCGUGGUCUUGACGACAACAACCACCUCACUGUGGACACCGUGGUCAGCGGCAGCGUGCCCUUCCUUCCACCUGGUGCCGAGGUUACCAUGGAUCCCUUCAAGGAGACCUACCAGUACUACCCGUCCGUCGCCACCUCCUCCUCAGUGAGGGAGUUUUCGGUGGUUUCGGCGGAGCGAGGUUCCGAGUCCUUCUCCUUCCAGCUCAAACAGAACAUCACCUACCGAGAUUGUCGUCACGACAACCGCGCCGCUGCCCCGGAGACUCUGCAGAUCACCAUGGAGAGGGUGUUUGUGAUGUACGUCAAGGAGGAGCGGAUCCUGAGAUACGCCAUCACCAACAAGAUCAGCCCGGUCGGAGUGGAGCCGACGGGGCCGGAGCUGGUCAACCCCUGCUACGCUGGGAACCACGACUGUGACACCACAGCCCAGUGCAUCCCGCUGGAGGGCCAGGCCUUCCAGUGCCAGUGUGCCACCGGUUACAGAGGAGAUGGACGCAACUGUUACGACGUAGACGAGUGUGCCGAGAGUUCGAGUUCCUGCGGUGCUCACGCUCAGUGUGUGAACCUGCCCGGCAGCCACCGCUGCCAGUGCCAGAGCGGCUACGAGUUUGGCUACGACGGACGAACCUGUGUCGAUGUGGACGAGUGCAGCUCGUCUCCGUGUCACGUCAACGCAAGGUGUAUAAACAGACUGGGGUCUUUCCAGUGUCAGUGCCAGCCUGGUUUUGAUGGUGAUGGUUUCUACUGUUCAGAGCAGGAAGGACAGACAGUUGGUCCAAAGAGCCAGUGUGAGCAGCACAGAGACAGUCUGCAGAGUGGACUGGAUGUGAGCGUCGGAGCCUUCAUCCCUCAGUGCGACUCUGAUGGACGUUACCGCCCCCUGCAGUGCCACGGCUCUACUGGACAUUGUUGGUGUGUGGACAGUAGGGGGCAGGAGAGAGCAGGAACCAGGACUCCACCUGGUACAGCCCCCAGAGACUGUGACAGACCAGAUGAACCAGAGCGUCCUAAAACUCAGUGUGAGCACCACAGAGACGGUGUUCAGACCACCAGUCAAGAGGGAUAUCCUCUACUGGGAGUCUACGUUCCCCAGUGUGACGCUAACGGACAAUACUCACCACUGCAGUGCCAUGGUUCCCCUGGACAUUGCUGGUGUGUCGACGGCAGAGGACAGGAAAGAGCGGGAACCAGGACAUCGCCCGGUGCACCACCGACAGACUGUGACAAACCAGAUGAACCAGAGCGUCCUAAAUCUUACUGUGAGCACCACAGAGACGGUGUUCAGACCACCAGUCCAGAGGGAUAUCCUAUAACGGGUGUCUACGUUCCCCAGUGUGACGCUAACGGACAAUACUCACCACUGCAGUGCCAUGGUUCGACUGGACAUUGUUGGUGCGUGGACACUAGGGGACAAGAGAGAGCCGGAACCAGGACUACACCUGGUACACAACCGAGAGACUGCGACAAACCAGAUGAACCAGAGCGUCCUAAAACUCACUGUGAGCACCACAGAGACGGUGUUCAGACCACCAGUCCAGAGGGAUAUCCUCUACUGGGAGUGUUUGUACCUCAGUGUGAUGCUAAUGGACAAUACACAUCACAACAGUGUCAUGGUUCUACCGGUCAUUGUUGGUGCGUGGACACUACGGGGCAGGAGAGACCUGGAACCAGGACUCCACCCAGUGAACAACCUAAAGACUGUGACAGACCAGAUGAACCAGAACGUCCUAAAACUCACUGUGAGCAUCACAGAGACGGCGUUCGGACCACCAGUGCAGAGGGAUAUCCUCUACUGGGAGCCUACGUACCUCAAUGUGAUGCUAAUGGACAAUACUCACCACUGCAGUGCCAUGGUUCGACUGGACAUUGUUGGUGCGUGGACACUAGGGGACAAGAGAGAGCCGGAACCAGGACUACACCUGGUACACAACCGAGAGACUGCGACAAACCAGAUGAACCAGAGCGUCCUAAAACUCACUGUGAGCACCACAGAGAUGGUGUGCAGACCACCAGUCCAGAGGGAUAUCCUCUACUGGGAGUGUUUGUACCUCAGUGUGAUGCUAAUGGACAAUACACAUCACAACAGUGUCAUGGCUCUACUGGACAUUGUUGGUGCGUGGACAGUAGGGGGCAGGAGAGACCUGGAACCAGGACUCCAUCUGGUACAGCACCUAAAGACUGUGACAGACCAGAUGAACCAGAGCGUCCGAAAACUCACUGUGAACACCAUCGACGAAGAGCCACCGAUUCCGAGGGGAACCCGAUAGUUGGAGCUUAUGUGCCCCAAUGUGAUAGUGAAGGACAGUACAUACCACUGCAGUGCUACGGCUCCUCUGGACAUUGUUGGUGUGUGGACAGUCAGGGGCAGGAGAGAGAAGGAACCAGGACCACGCCUGGCACACAACCUAGAGACUGUGACAAACCAGAUGAACCAGAGCGUCCUAAGACUCACUGUGAGCACCACAGAGACGGUGUGCAGACCGCCAGUCCAGAGGGCUACGUCCCUCAGUGUGAUGCAGAAGGACAGUACCUACCUCGACAGUGUGACGGUUCCACUGGAAGUUGUUGGUGUGUGGACAGGAGGGGGCAGGAGCGAGCAGGAACCAGAACUAAACCUGGUGCACCGUCUGUCGACUGUGACAAACCAGUCCCUGUUACUCCGACUCAGCGGCCCGAAAGUGUGUGCGAGCGGUGGAGGGCGAGUUUGAUUGAGCACUACGGCGGGAAACCGGAGCCUCAGCAGUACGUGCCUCAGUGUGAGCCCGACGGACAAUUCAGUCCAGUCCAGUGUUACGGGGAGACCACGUACUGCUGGUGUGUGGACCAGGACGGACGCGAGGUUCCUGGAACCCGAUCGCACGACGUUGUCAAACCUGCGUGCCUCCCCUCAGUGGCCCCACCCACCAUGCGGCCGUUGCCCCGCCCAGACGUCACCCCUCCGACCAACGCUGGCGUCACACUGCUGUACGCUCAGGGACAGAAAAUAGGGGCGUUGCCUCUCAACGGGACCAGACUAGACGGAACCGGAUCCAAAACACUGCUGACUCUGCACGGCUCCAUCGUUGUCGGUAUCGGCUACGACUGCAAAGAGAACCAAGUCUACUGGACGGAUUUGUCUGCGAGAACGAUCAACAGAGCUUCACUGGUGCCCGGAGCGGAGCCGGAGAUUCUCAUCAACACGAAUCUGGUGAGUCCAGAGGGUUUGGCCGUGGACGUCAAACGGAGGUUGAUAUUCUGGGUCGACUCCACGCCCGACGUGAUCGAGAGCGCCAACCUGGACGGCAGUGGGCGGCAAACGCUGUUCGACACGGACUUGGUCAACCCCCGGGCCAUCAUUGUGGUCUCUUCCGCUGGGACUCUGUACUGGACCGACUGGAACCGAGAGGCCCCGAAGAUCGAGUGUGCGUCGGUGGACGGUCAGAACCGCCGGGUGGUGGUGUCCGACGGGAUCGGUUUGCCCAACGCGCUGACAUUCGACUCUUCAUCGGGACAAGUCUGCUGGGCCGACGCAGGUACGAAGCGUUUGGAGUGCAUCUCCCCUGACGGCUCAGGACGGAGAGUUAUCCACCCGACCCUCAACUACCCCUUCAGCAUGGUUUACUACAGGGGCCACUUCUACUACACCGACUGGAGGAGGGACGGAGUGAUCGUCGUGAGCAAAGACAGCAGCCAGUUCACAGACGAAUACCUGCCCGACCAGCGCUCACACCUCUACGGCAUCGCCAUAGCAACGACCGACUGUCUAUCAGGGACCCACUAACGACAGACCGGCAGCCCGCCGAGUCUUUUGGUGCUAAAACCCCCCGGGGAUGAUUCCUGAACAGAGGCGGCGGCGACGACCAGAACACGAUUCCUCUCCAGGUUCCCUCCGAGGAACCACUUGACUUUCUGACCCGUCUCCUCACCCUGACCCUGUUAGCCCACCUUAAAGAUGUAACCCCCCAAAAAAUAAGUGUUUUGUAAAUUUGUUUCAUACCUCAUUUUUUUUUAUUUCUACUGUAUUUUUCUAAUGUGAGUUUUUUUUGUUUGUUUUUUGUUACUCGAUAAAAGCUACACUACAAAGAAAUCAGAUUUUUUAAAUGUACGAGUUGUUGGUUUUCUGCUGUGAAACUGAGCUUCUGAUCGUCUUUCUGGGCAGCUGGACACUUUCAGGUCGAACACUAAAACUAAAAUAAUCCAGAUUUCUUGUCAAGAGCUGGAUUGAACGUUGUUUACCAGCUCUAGAAUCAUAUUUACGGUACGAUAUGAGGAUGGUAUCGAUCUCAUUAACUCUCAGAAAGAAAAUGAAGAGCUGCUUUCAGACAUUUUCAUGAAAUAAUGUAUGUUCACGUCUGAAAACAGCUUCAGUGCAUUAACCCAAAAUACCAAAUAUCAUCUCUCAUUAUUGAUUACCUGAUUGGAAAUGGAAUCAACAUAUGUUAAUCUAUAAUCUGAUUAUCCUUGAUAAUCCGUUUACCUGCGUGCCCUGGUCUGAUCAUAGCCACGACGACGAAACCUGUCACAACUGUAUUUCACAGUUUAAAAAAAAAAUAUAUAUAUAUAUAUAUUUUACUUCUACUACAUUUUGAAAUCUAUCUUUUUAUAAGAUGUGAUAUUUAUAACAAUAAAAUGUGAUGUGGUUACUUGA